UGAAGAAGCGGGCUAGUUCCCACGGAGACCAGCAGGGGGAGCGGUGGGCCGCCGGCCGAAGCUGGGGAAUUGAGGGCGAGGAGGCGCUGCGGCCUAGUGGCUUCAGCCGCUCGUUGCUGCUGCCGCCGAGAAUCCGCGGGCUCGGGUCUGGUUCCGGAAGCGGCGCCGCUUUAACAAUAUGUUCAAGAGAAUGGCGGAGUUCGGUCCUGACUCGGGAGGAAGAGUGAAGGGUGUCACGAUAGUUAAACCAGUAGUCUUUGGAAAUGUUGCUCGUUAUUUUGGAAAGAAACGAGAGGAAGAUGGACACACUCAUCAGUGGACCGUAUAUGUAAAACCUUACAGGAACGAAGACAUGUCUGCAUAUGUAAAGAAAAUUCAGUUCAAACUGCAUGAAAGCUAUGGAAACCCGCUAAGAGUUGUUACCAAGCCACCAUAUGAAAUCACAGAAACUGGAUGGGGUGAAUUUGAAAUUAUCAUAAAAAUUUUCUUUAUUGAUCCAAAUGAAAGGCCGGUGACCCUUUAUCACUUGCUGAAGCUGUUUCAGUCUGAUAGCAAUGUAAUGUUGGGCAAAAAGACAGUUGUCUCUGAAUUUUAUGAUGAAAUGAUUUUCCAAGAUCCUACUGCAAUGAUGCAACAGCUGUUGACAACAUCUCGACAAUUGACACUUGGAGCCUACAAGCAUGAAACAGAGUUUGCAGAGCUUGAGGUGAAAACCAGGGAAAAGCUGGAAGCUGCCAAGAAGAAGACCAGCUUUGAAAUUGCAGAGUUUAAAGAAAGAUUGAAAGCAAGUCGGGAAGCCAUCAACUAUUUAAAGAGUGAAAUCAAAAAGAUAGAAGAUGAUGAUCAGGGAAAGGAAACUUAACUAUCCACUAAAUUAAUUGGAAAUCUUCUGAGAAAAGCUUGAAACAUUUGCUGACAGCAGUUUGGUUCUGUAUAAAGCAAAAGCUUGAUGACUGGAAGUCACGUUAUUCAAUCGGUUUGUUUUAAUUUGAACUGGGCUUGCUUACAUCCAAGUUGAGAGUCCCAUCUUGAACAAGCUUACUAGUGUUCCAGACUCUGUUGUCCAACAGUGAAGGGAAGGGAAUGGAUGUGGUUGUUUUUUUAAUAUGAACUUUCUGUGUAAGCAUAUUUAUGCUUUAUACUUCAGGUGUUUAAUUUUUAAAGCACGUCUAAAUAAAUGACUUUUUUCUUUAA